AUGUUUUUUCCUAGGGAAAUAUUUAAACAUUUUAACAAUUUAACAAAUUUUCCUUUUAUAAAAAUACAAAAUGGGAAUAAAAUAAAUUCAAUAGUAACUUAUUUUAACAAUGGAUUUGUCGUAAAAUCUAGUUUAAGACAACACACGUUUUAUUCCAUAAAUAAUAAUAUUAGGGAUAUUAAUAAGGAAGGAAUAAAAAAAAAUUUUAUAAACAAAAAAAAUAUAUGCACAAGCAAUAUAUUAUGUACAAAUUUUGGAAAAAAUAUGAACAUGUUAAUAAAUUGUUUACAAAAUGUGAAUUAUAAUAUAUGGAAUUAUAGUAAUAAUAAUGGUACAAAUUUUAUAAAAAUGUUUAAAAGAAAUAAAAUGGUUAAAACUAGUUCAUAUCGAAGAAAAAGUCGAAGUUCACCAAAUGGGCAAGGCCAAAAAGCUAAAAUUGGAAUUAAAAGAUUAAGUGGUGAAUAUGUACAGACAGGUCAAUUAUUAGUUAAGCAAAGAAAAAUUAUUGCAUUUAAUUAUGAAAAAAAAACAAGAAAAAGAAAUUUUAAAUAUUAUCCAGGUGAAAAUGUAAAAGUAGCAAAAAAUACAAGUUUAAUAUCUUUAACAAAUGGAAGAGUUAAAUAUACAUUUCAUGUUUUACAAAAUAUAUUAAUUGUUAAUGUAAUUCCAGAAGAGCUAGAAGAAUUACAUGAAGAUGAUUUAUACAGAUAUAGAACAGAACAUAUCAAAUCUUUUGAGGAAAAUAGAAGUUUAAUAUAUUUAAGAAUGAAAAAUAUUGUUACAUUUCCUAAAUUUAAAAACACACAAUAUAUUAAACCCCCAAUUAAGCCACAAUUUUUGACAAAAUAUGACAUUUAUGAUAACCCAACUCUACAAGACGUUCCAAUUUUGUACCACAAAAGGGAUUAA